GACCUCCAUACUUUAGUAGCAAAAAUGACAGAUCAAACAACGAUACAAGAGCAAAUAUCCUCACUAGAGUCAUCACUAGAGGCGUCUACGAUCAACGACAGCUCAAGAACCUCUGAGGAGCCGGCUGAGAGACAGACAGAGGGACAGGAGCGGUCUAAGUGGGAUAUUCCACGGACAGAACGCGAUGAUCCGUUUCAGUUUGGACAGCGAUUUCUUGAGAAUGAUGAGGCUGUUUGGGAUCACAAUGCUUGGGAUCAUGUUGACUGGGACGAAGAGCACGCUCAACUAGCCCAGGAGAAAAUCUCAGCGCAGCGCGAAAACCCCGUCAACAGUUUCGACAAGCAUCUAUACAUGACCAACCCCUCGCGGUACUGGGACCUUUUUUACCGGAACAACAAGGCCAAUUUCUUCAAGGACCGAAAGUGGCUGCAACUCGAGUUCCCGUCGAUCUACGAGCACGCUACACAACCUGAUUCCGGCAAAAAAAUCAUCCUCGAAGUCGGCUGCGGUGCGGGCAAUACGAUGUUCCCGAUCCUGCACGCGAACAAAAACCCCGAGCUCAAGAUCGUCGGCGUGGAUUUUUCGCACCGCGCGGUCGAGCUCGUGCGCGAGUCUGCGGAGUUUGACGAGAAUACUUGCGCGGCGGAUAUCUGGGACCUGGCGGACGAGACCGGGCGGUUGCCGGCGGGACUUGAAGAGGGAUCGGUGGAUUUCAUUAUCUUGAUUUUUGUGUUUAGUGCGCUUGCGCCGACGCAGUGGGAGACGGCGGUGAAGAAUAUCGAUAGACUGCUCAAGCCUGGUGGCGAGGUCUUGUUUCGGGAUUACGGGCGGUACGAUAUGGCGCAGCUGCGUUUUAAGAAGGGGCGGUUGCUAGAGGAUAGUUUCUACGUCCGGGGUGAUGGUACGAGAGUCUACUUCUUCACCGAAGAGGAGUUGCAUGAGAUUUUUGGCAAAACACUCGAGGUCGAGAGGGUCGGGACCGAUCGCAGAUUGCUGGUGAACAGGAAGCGCAAGCUGAAGAUGUAUAGAGUCUGGCUGCAGGCAAAGUUUUUAAAAAAGGCAGAUAAUUAGUCUAAGAGUACUAGAUGUUGUAAGAUAAUGAAUAGAAUAUAUAUAUAAUAU